AUGGCUUCUCAUUUUGCUAGCAUCAGCGGCGCCCGAUCUAACGCCAACCCCUAUAGGGUUUUGAUUGCCGGUGGCUGCUAUGGUGGCCUAGCUGUGGCCGUCAAUCUACUCGAAAAGUGCGACACUAUCGAGUCUCCUAUCCCAGUCGAGAUCACCAUUGUUGAUGAGCGCGAUGGCUUCUACCAUGUAAUUGGUUCACCUCUUGCUUUGGCGUCGAAUAGCUAUGCCGAGAAGGCCUGGGUAAACUUUAAAAAUAUCCCUGUGCUGCAAAGACCGGACGUACGGUUCGUCCACGGUACUAUCAGUAAGGUCGAUUGCGAGAAUAAGACAGCAACGAUUGUUGAGCAACCAGACCAAGUAUCGCGAGAUGAAGUGUAUGAUUUCUUUGUUGCUGCCACUGGACUCCGACGUGUCUGGCCUGUAGUACCGCAAUCAGCGAGGAGAGAUGACUAUCUUGAAGAGGCCCGUCGACACAUCGAUGCCGUAACUAACAGCACCGCACCGGUGCUCAUUGUUGGUGGAGGUGCUGUGGGUAUUGAGAUGGCGGCUGAAUUGAAAGAGGUUCAACCCAACGUCAAGGUUUCACUAGCGCACUCCCGGGCUAAGUUACUGUCGGCCGAGCCGCUCCCUGAUAAUGUCAAGGACUGUGCUCUAGAUCUAACAGAGGAAGCCGGCGUCGAUGUGCUCUUGAACCACCGGUUGAAGAGUAAGACUCCCAUCAAAAAUGAAAACGGCACCGAGGUAUUCGAGGUUGAGUUCGAAAACGGCCACAAGAUGAUUGCGAGCCAAGUUGUCAUGGCUAUCUCCCGCAGCGUACCGUCAACCACUUAUCUCCCCGAGGAUUCACUCAGCGAGGACCGUUACGUCAACAUCAAGCCAAAUCUUCAGUUCUCUUCGGAUAAGGUCCCUAACGCCGAGUCUCACUUUGCUGUUGGUGAUCUGAUCCAUUGGUCGGGCAUCAAGCGCUGCGGCUCAGCCAUGCAUCAAGGCCGCUAUGCGGGGUUAAAUAUCCACCAGCUCAUGCUGCAGGACAUACAAGGAAAGGAACCUGUGUUCAAUGAACUAGGCGAGGUUCCGCCCAUGAUCGGCCUCGCAGUCGGCAAGAAUGCCCUUUCAUACGGUGGGGAUGGCAUGAAGCACGGAAAGCAGGUAAUGGAAUGGUUCUUCGAGGAAGACCUAGGCUUCAGAAUCGUCUGGGAUCAUCUUCGCCUAGGUGGUAUUAAGGCGUGA